CGAAGCCGGAAGUGGCCCGCCUGGGGGGUCCUUCCCGAUGCUUGACAGGCUGGAGCUCUCCCCGGUUGGCGGCCGGGGUUGCGCGGCCCUCUGCCUUUACCCGCGAUGCGGUGGGCACGCGUGGCCGGCGAGAGACUGUGCCGGCGCCUGCGUGGGCUGGAGGCGCUGCGCGACAUCUGCCGCCAGUACCCGCUCUUUUGCUGCCUUCUCUUGGGUCUCAGUGUGGCAACGCUGCUGUUCAGCCGGUAUCUUCAUAUGCUAAUGAUCUUCUGGUCAUUUGUUGCGGGAGUUGCCACAUUCUAUUUUUCCUUAGGACCAGAUUCCCUCUUACCAAAUAUUCUAUUUACAAUCAAACAUAAAACUAAGCACUUAGAACUGCAAGAACCACAUUCCCAGGAUUACAGCUGUGAUGUAUGUGGUAACAUCAAGUGUAACAGGCACAGACGUGCAUUGCUUCUAGAAAAUUAUCAGCCAUGGCGGGACCUGAAUGUUCCUUCUAAAGUUGAUGCUUCUGUAUCAGAGGUAUUUGAACUACUGCUGGAUAACUUCGUAUAUCCUUGGUACAGAGAUAUAACUGAUGAUGAAUCAUCUGUGGAUGAAUUGAGAACAGCAUUGCGUUUUUUUGCAUCUGUAUUAAUACGCAGAAUUUACAAGGUGGAUAUACCAACAGUCAUAACAAAGAAAAUGCUAAAGGCAGCCAUGAAGCAUAUAAUAGUAAUAGCCAAAGCUGGACAGAAAGUGAAAAAUACUGAAUAUUUACAGCAAGCUGCUUUAGAAGAAUAUGGACCAGAACUCCAUGUGGCUUUGAGGAAUAGAAGAGAUGAACUCCAUUAUUUAAGGAAACUUACUGAACUUCUUUUCCCCUAUAUUCUACCUCCCAAUUCAACAAUCUGCAGAUCGUUCACCUUACUUUUAAGAGAAAUUUUAUCUGGGUCUGUUCUCCUACCUUGCAUGGACUUUUUAGCUGAUCCGGAUACGGUGAAUCACUUGCUCCUUAUCUUCAUGGAUGACAAGCCACCUGAAAAAGCCACCGAACCUGCUUCAGCUUUAGUUCCCUUUCUGCAGAAAUUUGUAGAACCCAGAAAUAAGAAGUCCUCUGCCUUUCAGUUGGAAUUGAAAGAAAUUAGAGGACACCAAGAUCUUUUUUUCCUUUUUAUGAAUUUUUUGAAAAAAGAAGGAGCUGUGCAUGUAUUGCAGUUUUACCUUGAUGUAGAGCAAUUUAAUGACAGAAUUUUGCAGCCAGAGUUACUGGAUGAAGAGAUGAUGUCCCUUCAUGAAGAAGUAGUGAAGAUCUACAAAACUUAUUGUUUGCACCAGAGCAUUGACAAAAUUAAAUUUGACCCUUUCAUUGUGGAAGAGAUAAAAAGUAUUGCUGAAGGCCCAUAUAGUGAAGUUGUGAAGCUACAAACAAUGCGGUGCUUCUAUGAAGCCUUUGAACAUGUUUUCUCACUCUUAGAGACUGUCUACAUACCUAGGUUCUGCCACACCGAUGAAUUUUUCAGAUAUCUCUUAAAAGAAGAUGAAUCCCCAACACGCAAUUCCAAAUCAAAGAGCUCUCAAAAGAAGGGAGAAUCUGGAAUCAGAAGCAUAAGCAGCAAAAUUAAAGGCGUGUUCAAGAGUACCACGAUGGAAGGAGCUGUGCUGCCCAGCUAUGGCCUGGCUGAAGGCGAGGAUGACUUUAUUGAAGAAGGCAUCAUGGUAAUGGAAGAUGAUUCUCCUGUGGAGGCGCUUAGCACACCCAAUACCCCUCGUAAUCUUGCUGCUUGGAAAAUUACUAUCCCAUAUGUGGACUUCUUUGAGGACUCUUUUGAAAGGAAAGAGAAGAGAGAGAGAAUUCCAGUGUUUUGUAUUGAUGUGGAGAGGAAUGACAGAACAGCAGUUGGACAUAAACCUGAACACUGGUCUGUCUACAGAAGAUAUCUUGAAUUUUAUGUUCUUGAAUCAAAGCUAACAGAAUUUCAUGGUACAUUCCCUGAUGCUCAACUACCUUCAAAGAGGAUAAUUGGACCAAAGAAUUAUGAAUUCUUAAAGUCAAAGAGAGAAGAGUUUCAGGAAUACUUGCAGAAACUUUCACAACAUCCGGAGCUAAGCAACAGCCAGCUUUUAGCUGACUUUUUAUCCCCUAAUGGUGGAGAGACACAGUUUCUUGAUAAAAUGUUGCCUGAUGUAAAUCUUGGCAAAAUUAUAAAAUCUGUUCCUGGAAAAUUAAUGAAAGAGAAAGGCCAGCACUUGGAGCCAUUUAUUAUAAACUUUAUUAAUUCCUGUGAAUCUCCCAAGCCUAAACCAAGUAAACCAGAGCUUACUAUUCUCAGUCCUACUUCUGAAAACAACAAAAAGCUUUUUAAUGAGCUGUACAAGAACAAUGCGAACCGCUCUGAGAACUUAGAGAGAAAGCAAAAUCAGAACUACUUUAUGAAAAUGAUGGCAGUUGAAGGCGUCUAUGACUGCUUAAUCUAUAUUGGCAUAAAGGUUUUCCACAUUCCUGAUUGGCUUCUUCUCAUUAUGAUGGGAGGCCGAAUUCUCUUCAAAAACACCUUAGAGACAUACACAGACAACUAUCUCCAGUACAAGCUGGAACAGCUCUUUCAGGAGCACCGUUUGGUGUCACUUAUUACACUUUUGAGAGAUGCUGUGUUUUGUGAGAAUUCUGAACCUCGAUCUCCUCAGGAUAAGCACAAACGGGCAAAACAGACCUUUGAAGAAAUGAUGAAAUACAUUCCAGAUUUGAUUGGUAAGUGCAUUGGAGAAGAGGCAAAAUAUGAAGGCAUAAGACUUCUGUUCAAUGGUUUGCAGCAACCAGUGCUUAACAAACAGUUAACUUACGUUCUUCUAGAUAUUGGGAUUCAGGAACUGUUUCCAGAGCUGAAUGAGGUUGAAAAAGAAUCUUUCUCAAUAUCAGACCACUGAAUUAACUCUGUUCCUAGAUGGCUGCUGUGUGCUAAUUUAAUGGAUAGGUCAUUGGUGUAGUCUUGUACAUUUGCUUGUAUAUAUAAUAAACUUCUAAGUUCAGGGAAAAAAUCCUUAAGAAGAAUUGAUUAAACUUUAUUAUUGAUUGAA